UCGACGCGACAUAAUCGCCUCAUCGUCUGUGCUCAUUCAUCGCAUUGUGCCAUACAACCCCAUAGAGCUAAUGCUCUAAUAGAGUCUUUAACUUGAAUCAUAAUGUCGACUUUGAGUCAUCACCCGUACGCGUUUUCCAUGCACCAUGGAAUGUUGCCGGAGUACGCCAGUGCCCCGCAGCCGCUGCCCGCAUCGUCGCCGCAGUCAGAGGGACACAUCAAGAGGCCAAUGAACGCCUUUAUGGUCUGGUCUCGACUCCAACGACGACAGAUAGCGAAAGACAAUCCGAAAAUGCACAACUCAGAGAUCUCGAAGCGCUUAGGUGCGGAAUGGAAACUGUUAACGGAGAUGCAGAAACGACCGUUCAUCGAUGAAGCUAAGAGGCUGAGAGCUCUACACAUGAAGGAGCACCCGAACUACAAGUACAGGCCGCGGAGGAAGCCGAAGCCGCCUACACAGGGAGGGGCCCCGGGCGCUGGAGCGUUCCCUAGCUUCCCGCUUCCGUACUUCGCUGGUCCAGCGCCGACCGUGGGACAUCUAGAUGCUUUGUCGUACCCGGCCGUGUCACCGUACUUCCCGCAUCAGUUGGACCACCUGCAGUUCUCUAAACUGAUGGCUCCAUCGCCGGACAAGUUGCCGACGGUGUCGUCGUCGGCCGCGGCCGUCGUGUCGUCAUUCUACUCAUCCCUGUACACAUCGCCAGCAGCGCCACCAAAGCCUUUUUCGUCUCCCCUGUUCCACCAAUACGGGGCGGCGCCCUCCUCACCGGUGUCUCCACAGACGCCGAUGCAGCACAGCCCUCAUGACGACCAGCUGCGAAGGCCGGUGUCUGUCAUAUAUUGAAGACCAACCUGCCUUCCUUAAAGGAUUGGUUUCCUUUGAGGUUGCGCGUUAAAGAGGAUCAACUGCAUUUAGUGCUAUCUAUGGACAGUGAUAUAAGUCAAGUCGUAUGAACAUUAUUUAUUGAUUCUAGUUUUAGUUGAAUGGAGUGCAUCUCAUAUCAAGUGACUUGUAAAUAUUUCGAGAGUUUACCGUAGGCCGCCUGCUCCCGGAUUGUUUAACUGUGAUUGUUAUUUUCGAUGCAUCUUUAGAUGUUUAAGGUAAAGUAGAUUAUUUUAUAAGUGUUUCUAUAUUUAGUUGAAUAGUCAAGACAUGUAAUUAUGAUUCCUGAUUUUGUUUCUCGUCACUAAAUACGUCAGUUUGUUGAGUUUGAUUGUUUCAUUUGUACCUUCAGUCGUAGGGUUAUCUUGGCUUUACUUUUAGAAGUCUGUAACUUAUUUAUUGACUCCGAAUGUAGAAGUAAUUGUAUAAUGUAAAUUAGUCGUCUAAAUUGUAAGUUAUUAGUGCAUUUAAAAUGUAAAUAUUAUUAGGAACGAAUGUAUUAUAGCAAAUGAAAAAAGAAAAUUUGUUAAUGCCAUAAA